CUUUAUCCUAGCCGGUGCUAAAGGAAAUGGUCCAAAUGAAGGCAUAUGAAACUUUGUUUAGGGAAAGUGCAUUCUUAUUUGCCAAAGCUGAACGCCUCGUCCUGGUUCGUAACUUUCAUCUUAUAUAAAUAAGCCAGUGGAGGGCCGAAGGGAAGAGCACAGUAGUAAUCAAACAACGAAAGAAGAAAGCAAAAGAGGGAGAAGAUGAGCCACCAAGGACACGCUGAACGCACCCACAGCCCUCAUUGGACUGGCCAUCACCACAGCCCAGAUUUGAUUCAAGGAGAUAAGGACAGUGGCUUUCAGAUAUCUGCAAAAGCUUUGGACAUAACGUGGGGCAAUGAUGAAAGGUUCUGGCAAUGGGUGGGCCUAGAUGAAUCAAGGUUAAAGUUUCAAGAGGGUGCAGAGCUCAUUCAGGUGAACUGGGUUGAAGUCAAGGGGAAAUUAGAAGCAGCUAAACUCUCUCCUUCCAAAACAUAUGAAGUCUUUUACAUAAUCAAGUUCAAGGCUGAUGCAUUUGGAUGGCACUCAUCCCCCAUCACAUUUGAAGUGAAAGCCCCACAUGGGAACAGGAACGCAAAAACCGAACUCCUGGAGCCGUACAGAAAAAUAUGCAAUGUGUGGCAUGAGGUCCAUGGUGGGGAGUUCACCUUGACUUCCAACACUGGGGCCAAUGUGGAGUUUGGCAUGUCGGGAGAUGGAAGUGGGUGGUGGAAGGGUGGAAUGAUUCUUGGAGGUAUCAUGAUCAAGCCUAAAAGCUGAUGGUCAUGGACUGGCUGAAAGGUGGCAACGUGAGUCGCAUCUCCUUUACGAGGGUCUUUGAGCUUUUGCUGACGUUGUGGUUUUCUUCUGUGUGUGUGUGUGUUUCUUUUGUUACGGGGGAUAUCUUGUGACAAAAAAAAAAGGUCUCUACCUUUAUUCACGCGAAUCCACCAUCCGAUCAAUCAAUGUACAAAUCUUAAAAUGCCCCAAACUCCAUCA